AUGCUGGUCUGAAGCUUAUUAAAAAUGGGAGUUGUUUCCCCAUUACUUUUGAGUUUGUUAACAGUUGCUGUUCUUUCGAAACCAGCUACUUCCAUUCUAUGCAACAAAACAACCGGCAAUGUGGAAAACUCUCUCAAGCAACACUUGUUCUGCAACGGAUACGAUCCAUUCAAACGGCCUGCCAAAAGUGAAUUCGAGACGAUCAACAUAACAGUGAUGUCCUAUUUGUACAAAUUUGACGUUAUCGAGUACUCGAAAACCUUACAUGUUGAAAUGAUAUAUGAGUUUACAUGGCAAGAUACGUCAUUACAAUGGAACGCAUCCGACUGGUCUGACAUUGCUUUGUUGCGUCCCAACAACGAUGAAAUUUGGAUUCCAGAGUUUGAGCACGUUAAUUCUGAUUAUGAAGGUGAAUCUUCCGUAACAUGCAACAAUCCGCACUGCUUGUUGUCUGAAACAGGAAAAUUGGUCUGUUCACCGACUUGUAUACUCGAUGCCAAAUGUUCGUAUGAUUACUCACGUUGGCCCUACAAUACCAUGGUGUGUCAGACGUGGUUCUCGAAUCAUGACAAGGAGCUCGUAGACGAAAUUAACUUCUUACCAUUUGAAACGAUAGUGGGAUGGGGGGAUGAUCCUGCUUCAGCCAAGUGGUGCAUUACAUCGUUUACAUCCGACGCAACAAUGCUGAACAUUCCGGGAGCCACCAAACGAAACGUUAAGGAACUAAAGUUCGAAUUGGAACAUACUCCUCACGUUGUACUGGUCGCGUUGUAUUUUCCAGGAUUUGGUCUAAUCAUGUUGAAUAUUUUCAUCUGCUGGUUGCAUUCUCUUGCAAGUGAGAAGAGGAAAAUUAUAAUUAUAUCUUUGUUGUGCCAUUUUCAACUUUUUCGUAACAUGUCAGAUCAAUUCACUCAAGUACCAGGCGCGGUGAUGUUUGCUGUCGCAUCGAUGAUAUUGACAUUGCUGUUGUUUGUGAUCACACUUAUCCUGCGUUGGAUGCACGAUCUUCAUACAACUCCACCAAGAAUUGUUAUACGAUGGAUGAGAUCGUUGACAGGCAAUCGAAUGAUGGCAUGGUUUGUGCAGACAGAAUAUCUCAGCCUCGGACACAAACCAACUGCCUUUACGAAUUAUGUUGAGCUAAGGGACUGGCCAACCAUUGUGAAAUUUGCCGAUCGUUGUGUCUUUCUGUUGUACGUUUUCAUUUACUUAUUGCUUUUCUGGAUAUAUGUGCCCUUACAGCAUGUUAAAAAUUUAAACCAUUCUUAUGCUCUUUGCGCUAGUUGA